AAAAAAGGAAGGGAAAAAGAAAGAGAGAGGGAGGAAAUAGGCUUAGGAAAGCCGGUGUAAUAAAGAUAGAAAAUCAAGGUUCAAAAGGGAACCCGCGAAUUCGCGGGAUAAACUAUUCAACCUGGCGGACCAAGAAGAAAGUGGUUCGGCUGCGAUGCAGGGCAAGGAAAGCCCCGUCGGGUCCAACACCCAGGAGACUCAUCAGUAUGUCGGUCCUUAUCGCCUCGAAAAGACCUUGGGUAAAGGGCAGACCGGAUUGGUCAAACUGGGCGUCCACUGCGUGUUGGGCAAGAAGGUGGCGAUCAAGAUCAUCAACCGCGAAAAAUUGUCGGAGUCCGUGUUGAUGAAAGUUGAACGUGAGAUCGCCAUUAUGAAGCUGAUAGAUCAUCCCCAUGUUCUCGGCCUUUCGGACGUUUACGAGAAUAAGAAAUAUCUGUACCUCGUUCUGGAACACGUCUCAGGUGGAGAGCUCUUCGAUUAUCUGGUUAAGAAGGGCAGAUUAACGCCGAAAGAGGCCAGAAGAUUUUUUCGACAAAUCAUUUCCGCAUUAGACUUUUGCCAUAGCCAUAGCAUAUGUCAUAGAGAUUUAAAGCCUGAAAAUUUGUUAUUGGACGAGAAGAACAAUAUUAAGAUAGCGGACUUUGGGAUGGCGUCGUUGCAACCAGCGGGUUCGAUGUUAGAAACCAGCUGUGGCUCGCCUCAUUAUGCCUGUCCGGAAGUGAUCAGAGGAGAAAAAUACGAUGGUAGGAAAGCAGACGUAUGGUCAUGCGGUGUUAUACUUUAUGCACUUUUAGUUGGAGCUUUACCCUUCGACGACGAUAAUCUAAGAAAGUUAUUAGAGAAAGUUAAACGCGGAGUGUUUUACAUACCGCAUUUCGUACCACCGGAAUGCCAGAAUCUACUUCGAGGAAUGAUAGAGGUUGAUCCGGACAAAAGAUUAACGCUUGCUGAAAUAAACAGGCACGUAUGGGUAACAGCGGCGGGGAAAGGGGAAUUAGAGUUGGAAUUAUCGAUGAUGGACGUGGUGCAGACGCACGUUAUUCCGUCCGUUGACGCCAUCGAUCCCGAUGUCUUGCAAGCGAUCGCCAGUUUGGGAUGUUUCAAAGAACGAGAUAAAUUAAUUCAAGAACUUCUUAGCCCGAAUCAUAACACGGAGAAAGUGAUAUACUUUCUCUUGCUCGAAAGAAAACGAAGAAGGCCAGCAUGCGAAGACGAGCUGGAGGUAAUGAGAGGUGGUGUAAGAGGAACUGGGGGACAAUUGGAAGCCGAUCCACCAAGAAAACGAGUGGACACGUGUCGUGUUAACGGCAGCACUGCGUUAAAUCUUGGACAAAUUAGUCAUGGUUCCCCUUUGACACCCAGAAGACAAUCGAGUACGAGGCAUCACGCACGACGUUCGCCAAGUACCGGAUGUCAUACGCACGCAUCUCACUCGCACGCAUCGACACCUGGUGGUUCACCGUUACACGUACCAAACGUGCCAGGUCUUCUAAGUCCACACAGAUCGGUGCCAACCUCUCACAUAAGUCAAACGGGUAGUCCGCAUCGACUUUCGGCUGUAACCACUACCGGUGGAAAUGGUACUCCUCCGAGUCAAGGGGUACCAACUCCAACGCCGGCCCUGGCCAACGUCGGGAUCGAAUUGAACGAUGUUCAACCCGUUCGUUUUACAGUGGUCGCAGUUGGUGUUACACCACCAGGCUCGCCACAUACUGGCGCAGGUUCCGGCGCUUACCAUUGGAGAUCUCGAUUGACCACAUUGAAGAAUUCCUUCCUGGGUAGUCCCAGAUUCCAUCGUCGUAAAUUGCUCACUAGUACGGAAGAGGUACAUCUAACACCGGAAUCCUCGCCAGAAUUAACGAAAAGAUCAUGGUUUGGUAGUCUAAUGACGACCGAAAAAGACGAGACAUUUACAGUUCUCGUCAAAGGAAAACCAUUGGCCAGCGUGAAAGCCGAUUUGAUUCACGCUUUUCUGUCGAUAGCCGAGCUAUCGCACAGUGUGAUUUCACCGAUGUCGUUCAGAGUAGAAUAUAAAAAGGGUAGCACGGCACCAGCCAUGUUUCAAAGGCAGGUCCGAUUUCAAGUUGACAUAAGCGGUAUUACGAAGCAGUCUAACGAGCCACUAUUCGCCAUUACUUUUACGUUAUUAAGUGGAAAUAUUCGAAGAUUUAGGAGGGUCUGCGAACACAUACAAUCGCAAGUAUGUUCUAGAAACGUCGGUUUGAAUUUAACCGGACAAACCAGAGCAGCACCACCGAGUCCAAGAGCAUCUAGAAAGUUUGCCACGGAAAUGAGCGAAAGUUCUAGCUGCGGAAGUGACACCAGCGAAAGGCUAUUUCUCAGUCCUCAUCCCGCUACCAGACAGGUAGUCUGUUUCAACAAGAUCGACUCGGAUAUGGAAUCGGACACAUCAGUGUUCGACGUGAAGUCACCUACGCGCGAAAAUGGCCGAAGAAGUUCGACGUCGACCAACAACAACAAUCCUUUACCUGGCGACUCAACACCGACACCAGGUAGUCCACCUAAGGCGGUUCGAAGUAAUUCCGAAAGUCAAAACACACCGGAAAAAAAGUGCGUCACGACGAUGAGCGGCAACAACAUAGCGUGAUACUAUCAGAACUUACGCUUCGAAUUCCGAUCGAGUCUUAAGAAUAUCUGGGACAGUGCUCAGAGGUUUUGGUGAGAUAGACGGAAAGAAGAACAGAUAGACAGGCAGAGAGAAAGAGAAAGAAAAAGAGAGAGAGAGAGAGAGAGAGAGACAGAGAGAAAGAGAGAGACAGACAGAGAGAUAGAGAGAAGACCGUCGUAUUUUUUUCAAGAUCGACCAGAACAGUAACAGAUCGUCAGAGCUGAAACAUCAGAGCUGAAGAAGAAGAAGAAAAUAGGGAAAAAAUUGAAUACAAAACCAAAAACUCUCAUAUUGAUGUUGGGGAAGGUCGGAAGGAUUCAGAAAAAGUUCGUCAAGAAGUUUUAGAAGAAAAAAGAAACAAGAACAAAAAAGACAAAAAUACUGGAAAGCUCAAUUAUUUCAAACGUUACCAGAUGCAUAUAUAUAUAUAUAUAUAUAUAUAUAUAUAUAUAUAUAUAUCGAGUGGAAAGAAAAACAUUUGAAAGUUUUCUGAAACAAAAGUCACAGUAGGAAAGAAUAAGAGGACGAAGAGGAACUAAAAGAGGACCAGAACAACUUCUUAAAUGAGAUGAUGGAUUUUUGUUGUUUCAGGAUAUUACAUUUCCGCGUUCCACAGCGAGAAAAGUACGUAAAAAGAAUUAUGUGAAAGCCGAAAUGUUCACUGCCGCUAAGAACUAUCGAGUUCGAGCUGGCAAAUCAAUUGUCGUUCGAAUCGAAGCGAUCGAAUUCAAAAUUUCUAGUCAAGAGACGUAAACUUUUAAUGAUUCAUGUAUGUCUUUUCGUUUAUAACACGAUCCCCGACGUUGUUCUUCUUAGAUUUUUUGUAUUCUCUUUCUUUCUUCUUUUUUUCUAAUUCUCUGAGAUAUAACGAUUUUUUGCUUUUUAUAAAGAGCGAAUAAAUUAAGGAACUCAUGGAAAACAACAAAAUUAUCAAUCAAAUCAAAAAAAAAAAAAAUAAAAUAAAAUAAAAAAUAAAAAUUGUAACACGAACGAGCCUGGUACGAAAGAAAGAGAAAAAACAAUUAGCGAACAGAUACAUACAAAUAUAUAUAUGUAUGUAUGUAUGUAUGUAUGUAUGUAUGUAUGUAUGUAUGUAGUAAAGAGUCACGAAAGCCAAUAUCUUAUAGAACAAAUAAAGAGAUAGGAGAACAAGAAGAGUAGAGAUGAAGAGCCCAGGAUUUUGUCGACGAAAUGCAAAGGCGAGAGAUUUAUUUUUUUCACGCAUGAAAGAAUAACAUUUCAGAAGACUAAUAUUAAAUGCAUACGUUAAAUAAGUACGUAGUUGAUGCGACGUGUAUAACUUCUCUGCUUCUCAUCGAGAAUGGAAUAUUAGAAAAAGAAAGAAAGAAAUAAAACUAAAGAAAAAGAGAGAGAGAAAGAGAGAACGAGAAGAAACGAUCACGAUUCACAUAUAAAUGACACGGGGAUGAAUAAGUAUCUAAUAUUUCUAUACAUAGCGUAUGGGAUAAGCGAUAAAGACAAAUAUUAUUAUCAUUAUUGUACGUACACAAUUUUCUCAACACAGACAUAUCUUGAAAUUAUCCCAGCUUCGUACUAAUGGAAAGAUUUAAAAAAAAAAGGGUGGGAGAAAUGUUAAAAAAAAGAAAAGAAAGAAAGAAAAAAGGGAAGAGAAAAAAAAGAAAGAAAGAAAGAAAUAGAAGAAUAAAAGGAGGAAGAAGAAGAAGAAGAAGAAGACGACGAGAAAUAAAAGGGAUAAAAGUGGGACAAAAACGUUGUAGGACUAAUGUGAUUACCGACAUUAUUUUAUAGCAUGAGACGAGAAGAAAAAAAAAAGAAGAGGAACCAAAAAGGAACAAAAGUUUGCAAGAAAUUCGUUAAUAAAUAUCGUGUAAUAAAAAUGCGUCGCGUUACUUUUUCCACUGGUGUGUUAUUCGUGGUAAAUUUGUGAUUUUACAAGACGCGAGAAAACGUAUGUGCGAAAUUUGUAUUCGAUCGGAAUUACGGUCGAUCGAAAAUUUCGUACGUAAUUUGAAAAAAAAAAAAAACAAGAAAAGAAAAGAAAAGGAAAAAGGAACACACACACACGCAAAAAAACAAAAGUAAAAUAACGACGACGACAAUUACGCCCCUUUCAGGCUUUUAAAAAAAGAUCGUCUGCGAUUAGUUAGAAACUUAGGCGCGAAGAUUCGAUGUGUAAAUGUUUGUUCGAAUCAAAAUUAUAACGUCGAAGCGGUUGGUCCCGAUAACUCUCUCGCUUUAGACAUAAAUAUAUUAUUAUUAUAUCGCACACGGCGACUCGUUCCUAUAUAUAAGUAGCCGAAAAAAGUUACGGCGUUUUUUCGAACGACUGUUUUAUGCGAUUAGCUGGAAUACGCGAAUGAUCAUCGAUCCCCUUUUGUCUUUCUUUUCGUUUCGAUUAUUUCAAAAAUGAAUGUACGUAUGUAAUAGAAAAUGAAUGUAUGUAUGUGUGUAUGUAUGUAUGUAUGUAUGUACGUGUAUGUGUCUCUUGAGACAAGAACGAUGGCCAUACUAAAACAAACAAACAAAGAAACAAACAGACAAACAAAAACAAAAAACAAAAAUAGCAACAAGAAAAUCCUUCGAAUCGUUUGUAUUUCGUUUGCCUGUUUACCUAUUUGCCCUCAUCAAUCGUGACUUUUCUUCUUCGUGUCGUUCAUCCGAUCGGAAUAAUUCUAUCAUUUUUCUUCGUAAUAGAAAGAGAAAAAGAAAAGAAAAGAAACAAAAGAGAAUUGAAAAUAAUCGCGAUCAACCGAACGACACGGGAAAUGAAUUUUCUACAAGUUUCGUUGGAACAAAAAAGGUAUCUGCCAUUAUCAAAUUUUAGUCUCUAAGAACGAAUUGAAAAAUGACAUUUUUCGUUUAUCUUAUCCUCCGUUCUCUACCACCUUUACCUCUCCGUUUCCUCCUUUAAACACCUAUCCACCGCUAUUUCAUUGUUUAAAAAUUUUUAAAAAUACAUAUGACAUCGUAAUCAGCAUUUCAAACCCAGGCUUUGCAAAACGAAUUCGCAGAAUCAUGAAUUACAAGGAUGUGCAAGGAGCGUGUAAAGCGUUUCAAUGUAAUAAGGGUUCUUAUGUAAUUAGAUAGUCGAGAUGAAUCUAAUUUAGUAUUACGUCACACCACUACUUAUAAAUUGGAAAGUUAGAUGUAAGCUUGCGGUUAUCUAUUUACUAAUUGCGAAUAAAUAUAAAACUAACAUAUAUAUAUAUAUAAAAAUAUGAUAAUAUAUAUAUAUGAUAAGUGAUAUUAUAAUAAUAUAAUAAUAAUGUAUUAAUAUUAAUAAUAACAUUAAUAAUAAUAAUAUUAAUAUUAAUGAUAAUAAUAAUAAUAAUAAUAAUAAUAACAAUAAUAAUAAUAAUAAUAAUAAUAAUAAUAAUAAUAAUAAUAAUAAUAAUAAUAAUAAUAAUAAUAAUAAUAAUAAUAAUAAUAAUGAUAAUGAUAAUGAUAAUGAUAAAUAACAAGGAAAGAAAAGGGGGAAAAAAGUGAGGGAGUUUAAAGAAAAGAAAAAGAAGAAGAGGAAGAGAAAGAGGAAGAAGAAAGAGUAAAGAUGGAACAAAUUACCGGCCAUACUAAACUAGGAUUUUAUAUCGUGCGAAACUAACUAAAAAAUAUUUAAAAAAUAAAAAAAAACAAAAGUAAAAACAAAGAAAUAACAAUUGAAGAAGAAGAAAAAAAGAAGAGAAAGAGGAAGAGCAAAAAGAGAGAAAACUCGAUACUACAGUGAAUCCAGAAUGAAUAGUACGGACCCGCGUGUGAUGGGAAGAUAAAUCACAAAUAUGGAGGACGGAUUAUGCAGAAUUAAAGAAAAAAAGAAAGAAAAAUUACCGAUGUAGGGAGGGGGAGGGGAUUAGUUAAUUGUCUCUUGGUCACGUCGUAGCUAACAAGCGCGUAUAUGUACUUAUAUUCGCGAGUGUAUCUGUACGAAAAUAACGGAAUACUCGCUAAUCUCUCACGUGUCUCCCAUUUAUUUUUCGAUUCGCUUUUGCGUGUCGCCGUGACUCUGCGAUCAAGAUUAAGUACAUGCGUGAUCAAUCUUUCCUGCGAUCGUUUAUUUGCAAACGAUCUUCCUCUCUAUAAAAAUAAAAAAAGAAAAAUAAAGAAAAGAAAACAAACAAACAAGAAACAGAGAAAACUCGAAAAAAGAACCGAUUAUAGUAACAGAAAUAAAUAUCUUAGAAAUUUCGUGUAUAUUAUUUUCAUGUUAUACAUAUCUGUAUACACAUAUACACGUAUGUAUAUAUAUGUGUGUGUGUAUGUAAAUAUUACAAACAGAUAAGAAAAGACGAUCGCUCGAUGGACCAUCGGCCAUCUUGUUUAAAGUUCGCGCAUGUAAUUAAGUACUUACCCUUGUUCGCAGAGAUCUCAACGUGAGACCCACAAACUUGCAGGCAUAUUAAUAUAAUAGAAAUUCACGACACCACAUAAAUCUUAAGAAACAUUGAUAUAUAAACUAUAGACCGAUGGACGACGUUUGAUGAUAUAUAGGGAGAUUUUUAUACAAUUUAUAAGGGCGAUUCGCGAUCGAUCGAUUGAUUUUAAUGCACGUUUUUCUAUCAUUAUUAUUCUUGCCAUGGUUUUCUUAACAUGUGUAAUUUAUGUAUAUAUAUAGGUACGUAUGUAUGUAUGUAUGUAUGUAUAUAUGUAUGUAUGUAUGUAUGUAUGUAUGUAUGUAUGUAUGUACAUACGUACUUACUUAAGUAUGUUACUUACACGUAAGCAAACUCGUAUCAUCUUUAAAUCUAUAUACGUUUCAAUGAUCAUCUCGACAUUUCCAUUGUUAUAACAUUCCUUCCUCAAAGAUAUUAAACAUUUUUGUGAAGAAAACUUCGAUCGAAACGACGAGACAUUCCUAACGAUUAUGAUUCGCUGAAUUAUAAUGAGAAGCAAAAGACACAAAAGACAUAUACACACAUGCACACAAAACUUCGCGCAUAUUGGUGCACUGUCGUGUCUGGGCAUUAUAUUAUCUAUUGUAAGAUACACACUCACACGUACCUUCUCUUUUUUUCUUUCUCUCUCUCUUUCUCUCUCUCUCUUUCUUUUUCACUUGUAGUUUAAAAUUAUUUAUUGUUAUUCUGCUUCAAAAGCGAUCGUGUAAUUGUGGAUCUCUUGUAGAUCUCUCUCCCUCCCUCUCUCUCUCCUUCUCUCUCUCUCUCUCUCUCUCUCUCUCUCUCUCUCUGUCUGUCUGUCUGUCUGUCUCUAAGUCAUUUGUUAGAUAAACCUUAAAUAUUGAUAUUAUUUUCUCAUAUCGUUUUAGUCGCUAAUUUUUAACAUAUAAUACAUCACGCUAUUAGAUAAAUCUAUGAUACAAAUACAAAAACGAAAGCAAAAACAAAAAAAGAAGGAAGCUUAUUUAUUACUCGGCUUUGUUCACGAGCACGUUGAACGAAUUUUUGUCAGGUCUCUUGAGAGACUUUUCAUAUGAGAAAACGCGUCGAUGAAUAAUUAAAAAAAUAAAUAAAAUAAAAAUAGAAAUUGCCAUGUAUCGGCAAAUGACGACGCUUCAAAAUAUGUGUAUGUAUGAAUGAAUGAAUAUAUGUAUGUAUGUAUGUAUGUAUGUAUGUAUGUAUGUAUGUAUGUAUGUAUGUAUGUAUGUAUGUAUUUAUAUAUUUAUUUAUUUAUUUAUUUGUUUAUUUAUUUAUUUAUUUACUUCACCGAUAACAACAAAAAAAGCGAUUAAAAAAAUCAUAAAAAAAAAGCAAUUAAUUCUUUCGACGAGCGGAUGAUACGUCAAUCGUAAUAAUGAUCAUCGUUAUAUUAUCGUUGUUACAACAACGAAAAGAAAAAGAAAAAAGAAAGAAACUUCUCAGAGAGAGAUAAAUCAAGUUUGACUAUAACGCGUCGAAAUCGCAUGUUUUCAAAAAUAUCGACCGGAAUAUCUUCAUUGCAGCACAUAUCAACGAGAUGUUGUUUGAAACGUUUUCAAAAAAAAAAAAAAGAGAAAGAAAGAAAAAAGAAAAAAAAUGCAAACAAACGAAAAAGGAAAAAAAAAAGUAGAAGAAAAAUGGAGAAUAUUUAGACGCGACAUAAAUCGAGAUUUUUUUUUUUUUCAAUCACUGAGAUAUGACGCUUUUCCUAAUCUCAUGGAAAUAAUAUUUUCACUCGACGAAAAUAACGACGAGAGGCAUCGUUUUAUUGUUUAUCGUAAUGCUUCUAUUUAUAUAUAUGGUCAAUAUUUUUAUUAAUUAAUGGUAAGUAUUUUAUCAAAUAAAUGGUCAAUAUGUAUGAAUAUUUUAAUGAGUAUAAAUAAUUAAAUGUCAGAGUUUGUAUCAUUUAUAUUGUUUACCUAUCGAUAUUUUAUUAUAAAGACUGACCGUUCGUUUGGAAUUACUGACCAAAUGUUUAAAAAUAUUGAUCGAAUUAAUAAAGAAAAGUCUUAAUGUAAUACCUGAAGUAAACCCGAAGUGGAUCGAGAUAUAUAAAUAUGUACUUCUUCGACGUGUAUAAUAUCUAAGAUAUUCGAGCCAAUAUAUGAUAUAUCCCCGAAAGUAAUGAUAUAGAAAGAGCGUUUAAGAAAGAAAGAAAGAAAAAGAAAAUAUCCAUGGAGAUAAGUUAGUCGUUGUUAUUAAUAUGUAGAUCAGAAAAAUUCGUGCUUUCUUCAUGUGUAAACAAAAUAUCCAUAGAUCGUUCUAUGCUCCUGUGUAUUCCGAAAAUUAUCUAAAUAUAUAUGUAUGUAUGUAUGUAUAUAAAUACUUAGAUACAUACAUAUGACUAAAAGAAAACUAUUCUUAUUUCCGUUUGAAAAAAGAAAACGAGGAACUUUUUCAAAUGAAAAUUCAUUCAUUGUUUAAUUAUUUCGUCACGAGAAUUUUACUUUGAACUCGAACAUUACGUUAAUUUAUUUGUUCGUUAUUGAAAAAUGAUUACUAUACUUUUACUAUACGUUUACCGUUAUUAUACUUUCAUUAUACCGAUACUGUACUUUUCUUACUUAGCUCCUUUAUAUUAUAUACGAAAGAAAGUAUUCCAAAUCCUAGUAUUUUUUAUUUACAUGUACAUAUAUACUACAUACAUACAUACUUACGUACGUACGUAUGUAUAUACGUACAUAGAAAAGAAAAAUUUUUAUUUCAUCUUGAAUCAAUUUGAUUAUAUAUAUUUAAUUGAAAGAAUAGAAAACAAGUCGAAAAUCUGUCGUUUAUCUAUAUUGUAGUAUUAUAAAAUACUAUCUGUAUGUAGAAGAAAAUCAUUGUUAAAAGAUUUAAAAGCGAUCCAGUACACACACGCACGCACACACACACACCUAUCUCUCUUCCUUUCUCUCCCCACCCUCUCCUUCCCUCUCCCUCUCUCUCUCUCUCUCUCCCUCCCUCUCUUUCUCCCUUUCAAUAACACUGUAUAGGAUACAACAACAACAUAGUUACGAUAGUGUAGAUAACUUUAGUCUUCUUUUAGAGUUCUCUCUAUACAGAGAGGGAAAAGGAAAAGCGUAAUAACUCAUAAAUACUCGAUUUCAUUGAUCCUAAGAACGUAGAAAAAUAAUCAUCGAUGGUGCUCGUUAAUAAGCACAUUAAAAACGUUCAAUCGUAAUCCUAAUUAUAAUUAACAGCUACAUAGUUCAUCUUUGCCUAUGAUAUAAUAUCGCGUGCCAUCCAUAGUCCUAUUAUAACGAAUCGAUAUAUAUUAUAUUGUAUUGUUAAACAAUCUAAUAUCCGUAUUAUCCGUAUUACACAACGUAAUACAAAUCAGUUCGUGUAUUAUCUAUCCAAUAUCGACGAUAUUUUGAAAAAGAAGAAGAAAAAGGAGGGAAAAAAAUAAAAGAAAAGAACAAAAGGAAAACCUAUCGGGAUUCUUCGUUAAUGUAAUAACGAUUUUAGCCUAAUCGAUACGAUGAUCAUCAUCCGAUAACGUUAACUGACGUUCGUCGUGCAACAUUCAAACGAGAUAGCAAAUACACACACAUACACACGCGACAUAUAUACACGCAUACACGCACAUUCAUUUAUUAAUAGGAUCUACAUUUUAAACGUAGUAGAACGAAAAAAAAAAGAAAAAAGAAAGAAAGAAAGAAAGAAACAUGACGAAGAAAAAAAAAGUAAAAAGAAUAAUGAUAAUAAUAAUAAUAAUAAUGAUAAUAAAAAAAGAGAAAAGAUGAGACCGCUUUUACGGUUAUUUUCAAAACUUCACUGCAUUUACAUUCGAAAAUGGCAUACUAAUCAUGGUAAUCACAGGGAAAGGAAAAGAAUAUGAAUGAUCGGAAGAUCGAAAUGUUGGAACUUUUGGAGUGAAUUUUCGAGAAAGAGAAAAUGACGAUGAUGAGAAAGAGGAGGAGCAGGAGGAGAAGCAGAAGGAGAAAGAGUUGGAAGAAGAAGAAGAGAUUGAAAAAUAACAAAAAAUAAUAAUAAUAAUAAUAAUAAAGAAAGAAAAAAAUAUAUAUACAUAUAGAUACAUAUAUAUUUUACUUUCUCUUCUAUAUAUAAUAUCUGAUAGAUGGUUCUCGUAUGUCCAACGAUUCGAUCAUUCCGAUGUCGAUGAUAUUCUGUAAAACGUCCAUGACAACUGACAAUAACGGCUGUGAGUGCAAAGACGCUCUUUCUCUCUCUCUCUCUCUCUCUCUCUCUCCCUCUCUCUUUCUCUCUCUCUCUUUCAAUCUCUAUCUAUCUCUCUUACUCUCUUUCUCUCUCUAUCUAUCUCUCUUGCUCACUCUUUCUCUCUAUCUCUAUCUAUCUGUCUCUCUUAUUCUCUCUCUCUCUCUCUCUCUCUCUCUCUCUCUCUCUCUCUCUCUCUCUCUCUCU